CUCCUUCGUUGAAUCACGUGUCUCUUUAACAGACAGGAAGAGAUGUAACCAACGACACGCCCACUGAAGCGAUGUACAACCAAUGAGAUACGUCAGAUAGAUUUUAAAUCCUCCACGCUCCUUCUCAGUUUUGACGAUCUGAUGUUUGUUCAGGAGACCUAAAAACACCAAGAAGACCGUGAACUUAAUUGGAAAUUAUCUAGAAUUUAUUCCAGGAACCGUAAUGGCAAAAGGGAAGAAAAAUGCGCUGAGAACCAACAAAAAGAAAGAAGACCCAAAGGAGAAAACUGUCACUUCGCAAACUGAGACAAAGGAAAACAAACCAGCUAGUAACAAGACAAUUUUGCAGAUUCUGUGCAGUCCAAGAAAACCUAGAUCCCCUCUGAGUGACAGCUCAAGUCAGCUGAUCCAGGAGGGCAAUGAUUCUGAUGCAGCUAACCCUGAAAUGUCAAGACAUAAGGAAGAGGCUGGCAAUAAAACAAAGGAUGAAGGCUGUGAGUCCAAAGAGAAGAGUAGUGGAACAAAAGAACACACUCCUGAAGAUGAGAAAAACGAGUCUCCCAAACAACCAGAUGUGAAGGCUCCAACAAACAGCAAGGUUUCAGAAUCUGGGCAUCAAAGCAAAGCCAGCCGCAAGCAUCGAGCAAAAAAGGGGGAAAACAAAGUUUCCCAAAACAAAAAGGUCACAGACUACUUUCCCAUCAGGCGAAGUAACAGGAAAACUAAAGCUGAAAUAAAGAGUGAGGAACACAGACAGAUUGAUGACCUGAUCAAUAAAAACACAGAAGAAGGAAUGGAGGUGAGACAAAUAGAAGGAAAAGGAAGAGGAAUAUUUGCUGUGAAAGCUUUCAAAAAGGGAGACUUUGUUGUGGAGUAUCACGGUGACCUGCUGGACUUAGCAGAGGCUAAAACGAGAGAAGAUCAGUACGCUCAAGAUCCUCAAACAGGCUGUUACAUGUACUACUUCCGGUAUCAAUCUAAAAGUUACUGCAUAGAUGCCACAAAAGAAAGUGGUCGUCUUGGGAGGCUGGUCAACCACAGUAAGAGUGGAAACUGUCAGACCAGGCUUCACGCCAUUGGAGAAACCCCUCAUCUAAUCCUGGUGGCUUCUAGAGACAUCGAAGCAGGGGAGGAGCUUCUCUACGACUAUGGAGAUCGAAGCAAAGAGUCCAUCACUGCACAUCCUUGGCUCAAAUUCUGAAGUCUUCAUCCAAUUUUUUUUUUUUUCUUUUUUCUUUGUUCUAUGAGCUGCAAAAUGGACAUAGUCUUCAGCCUGAAACCCUUUUUUUUUGCUUCCAAAAUUAUAUUUUAUCAUGUUUUUAAAAACAUUUUUCUAAAUGUAGAAGAUGGGAAGCUUGAACUGUUAUUUUUGCAAGUAUUUGUUUCAGUCUGAUUUGUUUUUUAUAGUGAGAUUAGUGAGAGCUUUUGGUGAAUAAAACAUGCAGCCGAGAUGUCAUCAAGUUGCGGCAUCAAAGUGUUAAAGCACAACUUUUUUUUACAAAUAAUUAAAAGGAAUACAUAGGACACCAA